AUGGCUUGGGUGGUGGGUGUGGUGGCCGUUGUUGGCUCCAACUGGUCUGAUGGUUUAAAGCAUGGACACCUCCACACUCUGUCUCACCCCAAACACUUCGACUUGGCCCCACCAACCUUCACCGGGAUCCACACUACCGCCACCACCACCAACAACAAAAACCGUUUGACAAUUGCCGCCUCGAAUGAAAGUCUCGCCCGAGUCGCGGAAAUACAGACGGCGGUGGCGGUAGUGUGGAUCCCGGUGAAGGUACCGAACCGCACCGUUACAGACGGCGGCGGUGAAGACAAAUCCGAAGCAAUGUGUUACCUCACCAACAUACUCUCCUCUAAGGUCUAUGACGUGGCAAACGACUCGCCAUUGGAGCUCGCUACCAAGCUCUCCAAGCGUCUCGGCGUCGAGGUUUGGCUCAAGAGAGAAGAUUUACAGCCUGUUUUCUCGUUCAAGCUGCGUGGAGCUUAUAAUAUGAUGGCGAAACUUAAAAAAGAACAGUUGGAUAGAGGGGUCAUUUGCUCAUCAGCUGGAAAUCAUGCACAAGGUGUUGCAUUAGCUGCCAAGAAACUUGGCUGCAACGCCGUGAUUGCUAUGCCUGUUACUACGCCAGAGAUCAAGUGGCAAUCUGUUAAGAAGCUGGGCGCCACAGUUGUUCUUGUGGGGGAUGCCUAUGAUGAGACACAAGCAUAUGCCAAAAAAAGGGCCAUUGAGGAAGGCCGUAUCUUCAUACCUCCUUUUGAUCACCCGGAUGUCAUCACGGGGCAGGGAACUGUUGGGAUGGAAAUUAUUCGUCAAAUGAAAGGCCCGUUGACAGCAAUAUUUGUGCCUGUGGGUGGUGGCGGGCUUAUAGCCGGUAUUGCUGCUUAUGUAAAGAGGGUUGCUCCAGAGGUAAAGAUUAUUGGGGUGGAGCCUUCUGAUGCAAAUGCAAUGGCACUGUCCUUACAUCAUGGUCAAAGAGUGAUAUUGGACAAGGUUGGAGGUUUUGCAGAUGGUGUAGCUGUUAAAGAGGUUGGUGAAGAAACUUUCCGCUUAUGUAAGGAAUUGGUAGAUGGUGUGGUACUUGUAAGCCAUGAUGCUAUCUGUGCCUCAACAAGGGACGUGUUUGAGGAGAAAAGGUGCAUUUUAGAACCGGCAGGUGCUCUUGCUCUUGCUGGAGCUGAAGCAUACUGCAAGUUUUAUGGUCUUAAGGGGGAUAAUGUUGUAGCAAUAACUAGUGGAGCAAACAUGGAUUUUGAUAAACUGACGGUGGUGACUGAACUGGCUAAAGUUGGUAGGCAACCAGAAGCUGUGAUUGCAACUGUUAUGCCAGAGGGGCCUGGAAGCUUGAAUUGAUUUUGUGAACUGGAUUCUGGGGGAUGUUUUCAUGGGUCGCUAUCACACAGUGUUCGACUAUGGGAAUUCAAGAGUUGGAUUUGCUGAAGCAGCUUUUGUCAAGCCUUCGAUCUAAGUUCUAUGUUCUAUUUGUAAAUAUACCUGUGUAAAAACCUCUACUUAAUUGUAGGGUUACAAACUUAAAAAUAGAACUUAUCAAGUGAUAGGCCUCGAUCUUAAACACGUUAUCUAUAAAUAUAUCAAGACAAAGUGAUUGUUAUUAUUAGAAAAAA